AAUAUCAAAGGGAAACGAGAGAACUGCACCAUACUGAGGUUCUUUCUUCUUCUGGGUGCAGGCAAAACACCAACUUUAGGUGGAGGAUUCCAUGCCAAUCUGGGAAAGGAGUCACGAGCACAAACUCUACAGAAUGGGAAACGUCAGAUUCACCACUUGGGAAACCAGCUUCAACUCAAUCAACAUUGUCUGGAUACUGCCUUUAAUUUUUUCAAGAUGGCUGUGAGCAAGCACCUAACCCGGGGGAGAAAGAUGACCCACGUAAUUGCUGCAUGUCUCUACCUGGUGUGUAGGACAGAAGGCACUCCUCACAUGUUACUUGACCUCAGUGACCUUCUUCAGGUGAAUGUCUAUGUGCUGGGAAAAACUUUCCUUCUGUUGGCCAGAGAACUCUGCAUAAACGCUCCAGCCAUAGAUCCGUGUUUAUAUAUUCCUCGUUUUGCACACAUGCUUGAGUUUGGGGAUAAGAACCACGAAGUGUCCAUGACGGCUCUCAGGCUGUUGCAGAGGAUGAAGCGGGACUGGAUGCACACCGGCCGCCGGCCCUCCGGGCUCUGCGGAGCAGCUCUGCUAGUGGCAGCAAGAAUGCAUGAUUUCCGACGUACUGUUAAAGAGGUCAUCAGGGUGGUCAAGGUUUGUGAGUCUACAUUAAGGAAAAGGUUGACAGAGUUUGAAGAUACACCGACAAGUCAGCUGACCAUAGAUGAGUUUAUGAAGAUUGACUUAGAAGAAGAAUGUGAUCCUCCUUCGUUUACAGCUGGUCAAAAAAAAUUGAAGAUACAGCAGCUUGAGAAGGCGUUAUCAAAAAAGCUGGAGGAUUUUGAAGGUGAAAUAUCGAGCUAUCAAGAUGAAAUAGAGAUUGAAUUAGAAAACAGUAGACCAAAAGCAAAAGGCGUAUUUGCAAAUUUCACUAAAGAUGAUUCUAUAGAAGAUAAUACUUCUAGCAUACAUGGAGAGGAGGAGGCAGAAGAUGAGGAGCUGGAAGCAGCAGCUAAUCACUUAAACAAGGACUUUUAUAAUGAACUUCAAGAGAAGGAUAGUGUAAAAAAAAAUGAAAAUGGGGAGUGUAAAAAUGGAAAUGAAGCUCUUGUAGGACCACCUGCACUGGAAUCCUUGCUCGGCCCGCUCCCCACUGCAGCUAGUCUUGGCAUAACAGAGUCCAUAAAAGAGUGCAUAUCCACUAAGGACCAAGAGCCUGGUGACAACACGGGAGACGGUGAAUUAGAUCUGAGUGGGAUUGACGACAGUGAAAUAGAUCGGUAUAUACUUAACGAAACAGAAGCUCAGAUAAAAGCAGAGCUGUGGAUGAAAGAAAAUGCAGAUUAUUUGAAGGAACAAAAAGAAAAGGAAGCAAGAAUAGCAAAAGAGAAAGAACUUGGGAUUUAUAAGGAACACAAGCCAAAGAAAUCUGCAAAGAAGCGGGAGCCAAUUCAAGCCAGCACAGCAGGAGAGGCAAUUGAAAAGAUGUUAGAACAGAAGAAAAUCUCAAGUAAAAUUAAUUAUAAUGUGCUAAGGGACCUGAACAGCAAAGGAAGUAACACACCAAAGAAAGAGGAUGACAGCACUGAUGACAGCACCAACACCAAGAAGCUGUCAAGAAGAAAAUCUAUUGCCAGUAGGAAUAUAGCCAACCCUGUAAACAGUGUGGGAAAAAGAUUAAGACCCUUGAUUUCAACACAGCCUGCUAAAAAGGCUGCCACCGAAGAGGUGGCCUUUCUGAAUGCACAAGCAGAAACCUCUGACAUAGAAAAACCAGCAGCUGUGCUAGUGGAGAGCGGCCCAGUAGCUUAUAACCCUGACGAAGAGGUGGAGGAGGAAGAAAUAGAAGAGGAUGAUGAUCACUGCAUGAGUGCCUUGCAGUUAAUGGGAGGAAACGAUUAUGGCUGUGAUAUGGAUGAUGACGAUGGCUAUUAGUUCCAUUUACUUCCAAAGGACAUGGACUGUGUCUUGUUCCAGGCAAAUCUUCAAGUCUUCAAACUGUAUGAAUAGUGAAAGAAGCUGUCUAUGGUCAGCAAACGUAAUCGAACAAUCCUUACUUUUGUAAAGCAAUUUUAGGUUGCCAUUGAGUCCGGUCAGUUUAUAUUGACCCAUAACCCAGCAAUAAAGUUUGGGUUUGUACUUGAAUUUUUUUUUAAUUUUGGUGGAUCAUAGUUUGAGGAUGAAAUUAAUGGGAGUAAUGUUUCCAGAGAACAAAAGAGAAGAGACAACAUAAGACACAGCAACACAUCUCUUAUUUAUGCGACUCUGCUUUUAGGCAUGCUGUUGAAAAGGAGCAGAUAGACGGACAGGUAGAAAUGAGAAGCAUGCCUGUUGGUUGGUUGAGUACGGUAGCAUUAGUUGUCUCAUAAUGCUGCAACCAAAAGAAAGAAAACAUUUCCAACUCGUGUGCUAAACGUGACCCUGUUGUUGAUGCAAGCUUCCUUACCCAAGCCUAUCAAAAAUUAAUGACAAGUUAUGUAUUUGCAGGGCAGUAUCUCUUUCUCUAAAAUGAAGUAAAUAGUUCUUUAUAUAAAUCAAUUCAUAGAUCUCUUAAAAGAUAACGACAGUAGAAAGCAAUGUUAGCAGUGAAGAAUCGUCUUCCGCUGUGAGUCUGGUGUGGUUUACGUGGAAGGCGGGAGAAGACCUGGGUAAGGCAAGAAGUGUAAAGAGCAAGCAGGCAAUGAUGCCAUGCUCAUGACAGCCAGGUCCUGCUGCGGCUGGCAUUGCUGCAGGAAGGGUCGUGCUGGUCAUCUGUACGGAGCUGCUCUCCUCCGGCUGAGUUAGGCUGAAGGUUUGCUCCUGAGAGCUGCCCAUCUCUAAAACCAGUUGAAAGAAAGAGAAAGCUGAGCUUUUUUAAUAAAUAAGCUAGCAUCUGCUUUGGCUGAAUUUAAUUUAAUGUAAUUUAUUUAACUUUCUGUGGGUAAAUUGAAGGUCACCAUGCAGCAGUCUGACUUUCAUGGCUCAAAUCCCACCCUUGAACAGUCGCUGCUACACGAAUAAUAGUGGAGCUCCAGCCUUGUGUGCCCCAAAAUGUCAACAGGCAGGUCCUUCUCAUCCAGAUACAUCAGCUCUUGUGAUGCUGUGGGAGCGAGGGUCAGGAAGGGAGCCCCUGUUGCCAGAUCCCACCCUGUUGCCUCUGGGCUGCCUUUCCCUGGCACUGCUGUGGCCAAGGCUCUCGGCUCCGUGGGAAAUGCACUGCACUCCAGAUCAUGGUCUUGACAACUGCAGCUGCAGGAGCCAAGAUAUUUUCAUUUCUCUCCCAUGUCUAGUGACAAUCAUGAAAGCUGCAGAUCUUCAGGCUUGUCUUACACCAGGGAAGGAUGGUUAUUUAGCUUACCAACAUGGUCUCUGUUAAGCCGUCUCUCCCAGUCAGCUCAUCCUUCCUACUCUUUUUGAGGAGCAUGCAUUACUAAGGCACCAUCCAUCCUCCCUCUGUGGAGGGUGGAAUGUGGCAAGGGGAGAAGCUGCCUUGGGAAGCUCUCUAGCUACUGCCAGCCAGAGUACCGAUGAUACUUAUACCUGUGGUCGUCACCAAAGAGGGGAAGGGCCACGGGACCUCCCAAACCUCUUCAGUCCCUCUCAGUAGCAUGCAUAAGAGGGAUCAUGUAACUAGAGCAAGAGCAAGUGAUUUUUUUAGGAGCAGACUUGGUAUUAUUUGGCUGGUAAAUGUAGUUUGUUGGGUAGGUUGUGGCUGCUAGUUAUUUCUGAGCCCGGUACAGGAGUGUUUCUGCAAUGACUUCGUAAAAGCAGAACUUGGUAACAGAAAUGAUGUAGUGAGGCUAAUGGGAAGAAGAGCUCUUCUGAACCAGAUUUCAGUUACUCAGUUUGCAGCACUUCAGUGGAAAGCAGAGAUUCCAUAUAAUUCUUAGGGGGAAAGCUGGCGUUUUCACCAAAAGACUAUAGAUUUUUUUCUGAUACUUUAUAAAUACUGCACAGAAAAUGAGAUUGAGGAGAUAAACCUUUCUACCUCUCUUUUAUCUACACCAUAAAUUCAAAAUCAUGCUAUAAGCAGACAAUUUUUUUAAAAAGUAGUUUGUUUUAUCAAAAUUCCUGCUCAGCAAGUCUUUGAGACAGUUGAGUUUGAGCAUUUGGGUUUGAAUUAAUCUGCCCAAUAGUGCUAUUACAAAUACCCGUGCUCUCAGUAUAUUUUCAGAGCUUGGGUUUUAUUCCAAGGUACACAUUAUUCGCUACGCAGGAAAUAAACAUGCAUAAAUAAACAUGCAUAUGACUCACGUAGGUCGAGUGCUUUUCUCAGAUGCAUGACGUUGGCUCUUAAAGAAACCGCUAAGAUGAAUUCUUUAUUGCUAAGGGUCUUUCCUCCAGUCUUCUGGUUUGUUCUCCCACAGGAUACUAAACCUGCUGCCAAUGUAGCAAUGGGGUGUGCGGGAGCUGAGAGUCCACCCAAAUAACUGCUGCUGGUAAAUUUGCAUUUCAGUAUCGCAUUACAUUUCUGAGAACAUUGUUUCCUGCACUGGAAGUAGGGGAUUGCAGUUUUUGAAGGCUCUCAUAGGAUUUCAUUAGGAAAGGCUGUUGCAUAGUCUGCUGGAAGGGCACUUGGACAGCAAAAAAAAAAAAAAAAAAAAACAAACCAAAAAAACAAAACCGAAACAAAGACCUACAAUUCCAUAGCAUCUCAAUAUUGCUGGUGAAGUUAAUGGCAUGGUUUCUGCGCAGGAGUCCUAAAGGAAAGGCUGUGGUAUCGGAUAGGCAGAUUUCACUCUGAGCAUUGUAAGGCUUUUUAAGCUAUAGAGGUUAUGUACAUUUUUAAUUUAUUGGUGACUUACCGGGAUUUUUAUAAUGUUCAUUCCUUCUUGAUUUAACUAAGCUCAGGAAAUGUAAACAGAUUAGAACAUGCUAGUUUCUGUUUUUACAGCUAGUCAUUAAAAUGUAAAAAGAUUAACACUGCAUUAACUCUGUUUACUACUGUUGAUGUAUCUGGACAAUUUCGUUGUAUAUAAGUGAGCCUAAAUUCACUUGGAGUAAUUUGGACCCUGCUUUUCUCAGGUUUCUGAUUAUAAUGAAGAGAGCUUAUAAGGCUUCAAUAUUUGUUGUUCUUAGAUCUUCUUACUUGAACCCACAUGAGCGGUGUGUCGUGGGUUUUGUUGCACAGAGCAUGUCUCUUGCUGCAAGUCGCAUCGCUUGACAGUCAAAACCCUCCAGCUGCUGCAUCCAGCUUGUCUGCCAUGCAGCCUUUUAACACUCUAGCUCUGUGGGAGUGAGAAAUGAAAGGAAUAAGGACAAUAAUAGGGUUCUUCACUAUGGUGAGUGCGUUUUCAGUGUCUUAAUCAUCUAUGACAUUUCUUUAAAAUCACUGUGUUCAGUACAGCAACUUCUAAAUGGUGCCAGACAGCCUUGUCUUGAGGGUUAAACAUGUUCGUCGAAAAAGUUCUUGCCAUCCUGAUGGCUUGCUUGUAUUCUUUGGAUUGCGUUGAAACUCCAGUUGCAGAUGUGUACAGUUAAUGUAGAGUUUGCCUAAUAAAUGUUCUGUUUCUUA